UCAAUUUGUCCUUAUUCCGGACAUUCUGUUGGUCUUAUACUAGACCAACCUUCUUUCUGCUUAGAUGGCAAAAGAUACAAAUUGAUUAACAUCAGCUUCAUUUUGCUUUUCAGGUAUAACCUGCUGUCUGGUUACCAGCCUUAACAUGGCAGUAUGCAAAGUGGGGUGAUUUUGCAGUCUUGACAACAGGGCUGAUUAGUCCAAUCAGAAUGCUGCUUUCCUGUCGUAUGAAGACUUUGGGAAGGUUUUUCUUCAUGGUAGUAUUAUUGGUGUUUUACUGUGAGUUCCUGCAUUACUACAUGGUUCUACUGCGGUGUACCUGGCCGAGCUCCGCCUCUCUCACCUGGGCUCGCUUCCAGACAGAGGAGGAUCUUCCAAAACCUCCCCUCCGUGUUAUGAUUUUAUCUGACACUCACCUGCUUGGCUCUAAGAAUGGUCAUUGGUUUGACAAAAUCAGACGAGAAUGGCAGAUGGAGCAGUUUCAGACUGCGAUGACUAUUCAUCAUCCAGAUGUCAUCUUUGUUCUAGGUGAUUUACUGGAUGAGGGACUGUGGUGUUCAAACAGCGAGUUCGAAUAUCAUGUCCAGAGGUUCAGAAGAAUGUUCCGCACUCCUGAUAAGUCGCAGAUGCACGUUGUUGUGGGCAACCAUGAUAUUGGAUUUCAUUAUAUGAUAAAUGAUGAGAAGAAGUAUCGUUUUGAGAGUGCGCUGAAGGCACCAUCCGUCCGCAUCAUUGAGAUCCGUGGCAUUCUGUUCGUGCUUGUCAACAGCAUGGCCUUAGAAGGGGAUGGCUGUGAGUUCUGCAUGGAAGCAGAGUUAGAGCUGAGACAAAUCUCGACCAAUCUCAAGUGUGCAAAGGCUUAUCCAGAUUGCUCUCCUCCCCAAAGUUAUCUCCCUUACAGCAAGCCAAUUCUUAUGCAGCAUUUCCCGAUGUACAGAGAUUCUGACUCCAAUUGCUCGCUGCCUGACAAAGCUCCUGAUGACAUACGCUAUGACAAAUUCAGACCUAAAUUUGAUUGCUUGUCCAAAGCGGCAACGAAAAAGCUGUUUUCCUGGUUAGAGCCACGCCUUGUGGUCAGUGGUCACACACAUCAUGGCUGUUACCGUGUCCAUGACAACCAGGUACCAGAGUGGACAGUGGCCUCCUUCAGCUGGAGGAAUAAGAAGAAUCCCACAUUUUUGUUGAUGCUGGCCACAAGUGAUGAUGUCAGUAUAAACCAGUGCUUUCUCCCCAAUGAGGGCACAGUUAUUUGGAUUUAUAUUUUAGAAAUGAAUUUUGACAUUUCGUCAGCGAACGACUGGCAUCAUGUAUGUCAAAGCUUACACAAAAUAAUUUACUUUAACAUAAGUAAGGGAGUGCACCUGAACAUGACACGGGGAAUCUUGGUAGUUGUGAUCAGGGGUUGUGACAGAUAUUACAUUUUGAGUCGUGUACAUUUGUGAAUAUUUACAGCCACGCUUAUUCUGUAUCUGCUACUUUCUUUGUAUUAAAUACGGAUAUCAUCUAUAUAUACAGUACAAGGAGCCACAUCAGUACCGCAUCAGUUUGUCUUAUAUUUGUUUUUUGUGAUCACUGAGUGAUGUUAAAAAGUGACCGAGACAGGAGACCCAGCCAAGGGCAAAAGACUCAAGAAUGUAAGACUCAUUAUAGGCGUAUGUACAAUAUAUUAAAAGUUAUUAAAUGCAAGCCCAUGCUGGUAUAUUAUGUAUGUCCUUGGUUUUUGCUUCAUUUUGCACGUUUACGGCUAUAAUCUACGAAACGGCCCAAUUGAAACUUGACCAUUUAUCUCAUUGAACCCAUGUUUCAAUUCAG